AUGAACGAGUCUGAUCUAGUCUUUCUCACCCAUCAACGCUUGGAUACUUCAGAUCUCGACACAAGCUCUCACGGACACCACACAUCUACUGACCAUGAUACUCAGCGCCGCUCACAACGCGAGCACCGUAGCGGUCGUCACCAACGGCGCUCGCGUCAAGGCCCCCCAGUCUGUUCGUCCAACGCAGUUGCUUCCUCGCUCAUAAGCGAGCUUGCCCCCGAGACACUUGCGCGUAUCUUUGCAUUUCUCGAUCCCACAUCUAUUUCUCGCUGCGCACAGACCUGUCGCGCAUGGCACACAAUUGUCUCACUGGAUACGACUUGGCGUGCUGCUUUCAUGGUCGCGUCUGGUCUCGAGGAACGUGAGGACGCCAUUGUCGCUCACAAGCAUGUUGCGUCUCACGAUCCUACAUGGGCUGCGUUGCGCGUGGCGCCUACUCUUCGGCGCAUGGAGUCGAAUUGGCGUGCCGAAUAUACUGCACGAAUGGCACUGCUGCGUCGCUGGCGCAAGUCUCGUACACCUACCGUGCUCACAGAUCCACGCAUCGCAAUAGUUGAUAAGCUUGCGCUUUCUGCAUCGCGGCGCUUUGCCUUGUCACUCUCGAAUGAAUUUAGCGUUGCAUCUCGCUCGAAUGCGCUGACUGGCAAAGUUGCAAAGGAUUUUCUUGAUGCGAGUGGUUUUGCAUCUCGUGGUGCGAAUGGUUAUCCUAACAUCGAGUUCACACCCGCUGCUACGGCACAUGCGACUGAUGCCUUCGCUUCUCGCAUUGUCUGGGGUUUGCACUCUGGUGACCUUGCUCUUACGACGAUCGAUUGGCGCGGACAAAGUGCGCGUGGAACCAUCCACAACCGCUCGUUCCCUCCUGGCAAUGCACACCAGUCUCCCGUUACAGCGAUUGGGAUGCCAUUUGCGCCAGGCCAUGGCGGUGCUCACACCGACGAGCGCUACAGGCAGCAUCUCUCAACGCUUGGCGAUCUUGCUACCACAUUUGUGAGUGCAGCGGCCGAUGGCUCAGUCAUGCUUUGGCACCCAAAACAUAUGUCGCCCUUAUGGACAGGCUCGGCACGCCCGCUCGAGCGAUCACAGGCUGCCGAUUCAAUCGCUGAGGCGUCCCCAGCGCGUCCGGCGGUGCCGUUGACGCUUGGUGCUCACCAAAUCACACACCUGGAGUAUGCACCGACGCGGGGCAUUGUCGUAGCUGCCCGUGUGGAUGGUUCCCUGGUGGUUUGGCAAGGCAUUCCUGUGCGCGAGUUGCUUCAUUUGUACGAGUCGUUAUCACGACGAACAUCAACGAUCUCAUUGUCUUCAACAGUCUCGAGAUCUCCAACAGCUACGGCAGCGUCGUGGCAUUCUGACCUGAACAAACUUUGGGCACAGGCGUGGCGUACUGACGUCCCAAGUGCCCAGCCUGGCACACAAAUUGAGCAUCUUGUUUUGGAUGCUUCAUCUAUGCCCGGUGUUUCGAUGCUUGUACACUACAGAAAUGCACGUGUUUUUUUACGUGUGGACGUGAACGAUGCGGGUCAUCAGACUACUGUCUUUGGCACGCCGGGCGUAUCGACUUUGACGAGUCUUCGCUGCGAUUUCGAUGUACGUGUGAAACCGCCGGCUCUUCCGCCCGUAAUGCUGGCUCGGAUGCAUGCUGGCCGACUGCAUGAGCACAAGUUUGUGUGCGCAGGAACAGCCUCGGGUCGCAUUGGAGUGUGGGAAUGGGAUGCGCAUGGCGAGCCGUACGAUGCCUCGGCUCAACGAGCUUGGCAAACCAUGGAUCCUAUCGCCGCGACUCGUCAAGUGCGACCAGCGCAUGUGUUUGAAGGGCACCACAAUGCAAUUACUGCAUUGGCAUUUACGCCAGCGCUUGUGGUUUUGGGAUGCGAAGACGGCACCAUCAAGGCUAUCGACACACUCUCGGGGGCAUUGGUACGCGUGUUUAAUGAGCGCACAGCUCGCCGACACCCAGCACGUAUGCUAGCCGCUGGCGAGCUGACAGUGGAUGAAGCUGCACGCUUCCGAGUAAAUCACAUAGUAGCGUGUGACGACAUGUUUGUCGCUGCGGUCGGGAUGCAUGUCUUGUCGUGGCACACAGACAAGGAAGAGACGCCGUCGGCAACUACAUCAUCGUCGGCCUCCGAUAGCACAGCGCGUGCUACAUCAAAGCGACAAGCCAAAUCAGGAGUGCCAGAACGCGUGCGACUCAAGGCAGAUAUCGAGCAGGCUGUAGAGGAAGGCCAGCACCAAGUACGUCUGGAGCGCGAACGACUUGCUUCGUCCCAGGCACGCCGUGCAGCUCUUACGUCAAGUGUUCAUGGGACAUUGGACGAGGAUACAGCCCUAGACUACGCACUGAUGCUAAGCCGCGAGGAAGCACAACCUCCAUUGGAAGACGUAACUACAAGUGCGGCAGCGGAAGAUGACCUUCCUGCUGAGCUCAUGUACGACAUGGAUUUGCACAAUAUCCAGGAUGGUGAUAGCGAUGCGACGCCCAUAUCGCCUUCACUCACUGCGAGUGAUUCCGUGCUUGCGCCCUCAAGAGCUUGGGACAUCUUAUGUACCGCAGGACACUCGGCAUCGACGACAAGUGGCGAUACACAGCCCUCAGGUUCAUGGAGCAAGCUACAGACGGUGGCCGUGCCGCGGCAUGCAAGAGUCCAAGCUGGUGCAUCGCCACACUUUGGCGCUAGUCCUGAUGUUGCUGGUGUCUAUGGUUCGUUCAGUUCCGUCUCAUCAUACAGCAGCGGCACACCUAUCCGUUCAGAUGUUAUGAAUGACUGGCCGGAAAUGCGCUCGGAUCAUGGUGCAAGCCGUACGUCUUCACGUUCACCACACUCACUCGGCGCAUGGGCCAUACGUUCACCCACGCUACGUGCCGUCGAUUCAUCAUCAGCACAGAAUGCACGACGCGCUGGACGUAGUGCUUUGGUCGAUCGGCCGUCACCGGCCGAGGGACCGUCGCCCGCGCUCUCAGCGACCGAACCCAUCGACGACGACCUGCGUUUAGCACUAGAACUGUCUCUGGCCGAAUAUGAGUCUGCGCACCAGGCCCAUGGGCCUCAGCAUUAG